UAUUUAAUACAUGAGAUUCAAACAAGCCCAAAAUUAUAAGGCAUAAAACAAAAACCCUAGAAGAAGAAGAGGGAUUAGGGUUUAGAAUUUCUCUGUACUGAGCUGAGCUGAGCUUCAAUGGGCACUAAGCGAAAAUCAUCAUCUUCUUCAACCUUAAAGCCCCAACCUGAAGAACAAAAACCUCAAUCUUCAUCCUCUGAAGAAGAAGAAUAUGAAGAAGAUCCCGAAGAAUCCGAAUACGAAGAAAAAUCCGAAUCCGAACAAGAAUCCGACUCCGACGACGAAGAUGAGUCGACAAAGCGAGAGAAUAUCCAGAAAAUUCUUGAACCAUUCAGUAAAGACCAAAUAAUCCAGCAAUUCAAAACCGCAGCUUCAAACGACCCAUCAAUUCUUUCUCGGGUCACGGCUCUUGCCGAUAACGACCCGACCCACCGGAAAAUCUUCGUUCAUGGACUCGGCUACGAUGCAACUUCCGAGCAAUUACUCGACGCCUUUAAACCCUAUGGAGAAAUCGUAGAGUGUAAGCUGAUUACUGAUAAGGUUACAGGAAGAGCUAAAGGUUAUGGGUUUGUGCUAUUCAAAACACGGGUCGGGGCAAAAAGGGCUUUAAAGGAACCCCAGAAGAAAAUUGGGAAUCGUACUACCUCUUGUCAGCUGGCUGCUAUGCGAUCUUCUGGGACUAGUCAAGAUUCCGGUGGCCGGAAAAUUUAUGUUGGGAAUGUUGGGGCGGAUGUAGAUAGUGAAAAGUUACGGGCUUUUUUCGCGAAAUUUGGUGAAAUUGAGGAAGGGCCAUCGGGGAUUGAUAGUGUUAGUAGGAAAUUUAAGGGGUUUGCUAUAUUUGUGUAUAAGUCUGUUGAAGGAGCUAAUAAGGCAUUGGAGGAACCGCAGAAAUCGUUUGAUGGGUGUCAAUUGUUUUGCAAGAAAUUUGUGGAGAAUUUGAAUAAUGCUAGUAGUAGUAAUGCAAAUCAAGGUGUGCAGCAAAAUGAGAUGAGUUAUGGUUUUGGAGUGACUCCUGGGAUAAUGAGUGGCGCAAGUAUUAAUGGGAUGCCCCUUUUGAUGGGGCAAAACAUGGGAUUUGGAAUGAAUCCAUUGCUUGCGCCAGGAUUUAAUCCUUCGUUUGGAGGGAUUGGUGCUGGUUACGGUAUAAAUGGUGUUAGUCCGGUUGUUGUAGGUAGUUAUGGUACAGACCUAGCUUUCCAGGGAUUAGGGACUUACCAGGGUGCACAAAUGUGGCAGCCUUCUUUUGGAGGGUCAGCAGCAAUGGCAACAAUAACAACACCUGCAAAAGAUUCAUCUGGCGUUGGAUCAGCAGGGGUGACCUAUCCCUCGUCUCUGGGCCGCUAGAUGACAGAGUGGCUGGGGGUUAUGUGUGAGAGUGGAUGAAGUAAGCAUUCUGAUGUGCAGCGUUCCACACUAAUCACUAUCGACACAUUGAGAAAACGGCUGGAUGUGACAAUAUCUUCUUGCAACACCAGCGUUGUGUAUCCUACCCAAAAUGCUCAUAUGUAAGCCAUUUGAUUGAGUAUUUCACAAUUGGAUUGAAUAUGAUAAGAUACAUUUUAGAAAUGUAACAUACAUUUGUCAUUGCAGAGUAGAUCUUUUGUUUAGUCUUUA